AAAAAAAAAAAAAAAAAAGUAGGAUGUUGAUGUUCUGGUUGUUGCAAUAUGAAACUCGCUUGCCACUUAUGUUUUAAAAGAAGCGCGUGAAGAUCUUUUCUGUGGAUUUCUGGGCUUCGCGCGGCAGGAAGGGGGACUCAGCCCACCCAGUCUGUCAGCCAGCCGCGUUGUACCGCCGCUGCUGCUAGUUGUUGUUCAGUAGCUGGUGCGCAAACUGAAAGCUGCGUGUUAAUGCUAAGUGGCGGAUAUGAAGCGACGUGUGCCGACCUCCUCCGAAACUGGAACUCUUUAAAGGUUUUUGUCGGAAGAGUGGACGGGAUAACGUGUGAAGGGGGGGAAACACCAGCUCUGCUCGGCUCGGAGGGGAAGAGGGAGAAAGAGAGAGAGAGGAGGGGAAAAAAAGGAGUGUUGCCUUCUCUUCUCUUUUCUCUUACGGGAACUCAGUUGCUGGCUCUUUUCAGCUGAGGCUGUCUCUCGAGUGGAGCUGCGAAACAUCGGUGAUAUCUGAGCUAAUUCCCUUUACCGGAGCUGCGUGGGUAAAUCAGUCGGAUGAGGGUUACCUUUCGGCAUAAAUAAGGUGUUUAUUUAUUUUUUUCCCUGACGCCUGCGAAAACAAGGAGAGGUAGUGGAGCCACAUAAACCUACGUUCGGUGAAUGCUGAUCCAGAACUGCACAGCAUUCUGGGGGAUGUAGGCAGAGGAAAGGCUUUAGCCACUCAACCUCUCCUGGUCAGCUAUGCAAGGCACUUUGGAGAAACAUGUGAUGACCCACGCAAGGCAGACCGCUUCCCUCCGGCAGAACCACACUAAUUCUGACUUGUGGGACACCAGCCACACCUGUCCUCAUGGUGGCACCAUGGGCGGCGACUGGCCUGAGCGUACCUUACGUUUCGGCAGGACAAAGAAGAUAAGUGGGGUCACAAGACAAAGGAAAGACCAAGAGCCCAAGAGGAUGAAUGAGAAGAGAGACGGAAAAAGAAAGUCGGACAAGACCAGACAGCUUGACCAAAGGCGGGACAAGAAACGGGUCCGAAAGUUGUACCCGCUGCGUGGUCGGGGUGGGAAUCCAGAGGAGGAGCUCAGCUGCCAUGUUCUCCUUACCCGAUUGGAAGAAGGCUCACAUGAAAAGGGCAGGUCUAAAGGCAAAGGAGGAAAAUACAGGCCCAAAACCAAACCCCAAACGGGAAAAACCAGAGACAGGAUGAAGGCAAAGUCACUACCAAAAGCCAAACUAAAAUCAAAACACAAACGUCUUGCUGUCUAUCCUGAGCUGAGAGAUCUACAGCCCCGCAAGCGCAGACUGGCGUCUCUCAAUGCAGAGGCAGUGAAUAGUUUACUGCUUGAAAGACCCACCGACGCCCAACCAGCGGCCAAGCAGGCCAGGAGGCAGGAGGAUCCUCUGGACGGAACAGCUUCUCUGGAUCCAGCCAGAAGUUCUUUGUCUGGAAGUCUGAAAGCUUCACGAGGGAACAUUAGUAAAGUCUCUCCACCCAACAAGGUUGAACAGUGCCAAAGUCCUAAGCCGAGCAAGAAGGCUAAAACCAGCCGAGGCGAUGAAAGAGUCUGGAUGAGUCAGGAGUGUUUAGACGCACCUGCACCAAGACGACUAGCUGGACUCAAUGCUGCAGCCCUGCUGAAGUUAACAAGCUCCUCAGCCACCAGUAAGCAGAGAGUAAAGGCAGCACCCACCGCAACCGUUACGUCCAACUCUACGGCUCCUGCCGCGGCCUCCACCCCAAAGCAGCAACACAGCGUCAAACUCCAAAACAAGCACCACUUACACAAGAAAGGCAAGAAGCCCCCUCCGCCGCCCAGCAGUUGCUCUGCCUGCAAGAAGAAAGCAGACUUUGAACCCAAGGUGGAGUGGGAGACGGGCAGCUGCACCCACCGCCUGACCAAACCAGGGUAUCAGUCUCGUAGCAUGCUAGGUUUCCCGCUGAAGCAGGUGAAGGAGGAGCAACUGGAAACCGAACUGAGCCCAUACUACUGCUGUCCCCCAGAGGGUUCUGUGGAGUACUGCCACCGCUUGGCCUGCUUCCUCGGCCAGCAGCCGUACGGAGACUCCGAUGACCAGUCUCUGAACUCAGCCAUGACCCCCGUGAAACCAGAGUGCCUAGUAACCUCGCCGUCUCUCACACAUUCCCACCCACACCGAGCACUCGCCCUUACCCCCCACCCAUGCCUCUGCACCGCUGACCACUGCUUCCCCGGGUACUACGUCCACAUCACCCACCCAACGCACACUGGACAGACUUCAGCAGCUCUGGCCACGCGGCCUCUCAACUUCAGCUCCACCGGCUUGUGCCCCAGUCGCAUUACCGGAUCCAAGCUGCUGGGGGGUCAGGUGUCACAUCCGUCCGGCUUAGGCCACCCCGCCUACUGCAACUCUGUGGCUUCCCCCUGUUACGGAGACGCCUGCGGGAUCAGUGGCUACAGCUACAGAGCGCUGCCUCCAGUGACAGGCAGGGGUUGUUCUUUUAGUGCAGGAUGUACCGGAUGUACGCACAGCAUCAAGACGGAGGCUUACACAACCCCACAGGGCGACCACAGCCCUUCCCUUCUUGUUCCCCCCACCAUGCCAAUCGCCCAGUGUCCACUGUCCAGCGUGCCCACUUCCACACAGACUAAAAGCCGCCUGCUGACCCCUCUGUCUGGCCGAGAUCAGCCCCAGGCCAUGUUAAAGCUAGCUAAGGAAUGCCCUCAGAGCACAAAGGCCUCCAACGGCUCCUCCGUGGGCCACACCCGGCUCCUGACGAAACAGGCGACCCCGGUGCCAAGCCUCGGCAGCAGCAAGCAGAAGAAGAUCAGCCGCAGACGUGCAACAAACGGCUGGCGGCCUGUUGGCAUCCCCACAGAGAGGGAGGUCUUCAUUGCGGGAGAAGACGAGGCCGCAAUGCGGAGGUGUUACGAGGGAGUCGAGAGGGACGGCGAAGUGAUCCAUGUCAGAGACACCGUACUGCUGCGAUCCGGUCCCAGGAAGAAGUCCCUGCCGUAUGUUGCCAAGAUAUCAGCAUUGUGGGAGGACCCCAAAACGGGAGAGCUGAUGAUGAGCCUUUUCUGGUACUACAGACCUGAGCACACCCAGGGAGGCCGAGAUCCCAGAGCACACUGUGAGAAUGAGAUUUUCGCCUCUCGGCAUCAGGAUGAAAAUAGUGUGGCCUGCAUAGAAGACAGAUGCUACGUUCUCCCUCUAGCCCAGUACUGUCGAUUUUGUGCCUUGGUGAAGCGGCGUGCCGAAGGCGCCCCGCCUGGCAGGGCCAGCAUGGUGCCCUUCCGGCCUGACUUCGCCCCUCCCUCCCACCGCUGCGUGCCCACGGACGUCGACCCCGAGCUGGUGUACCUCUGCCGGCACGUCUACGACUUCCGAUACGGACGCAUCUUGAAGAACCUGCAGUAGAGCGGGAGCCUCCCCCCCCGUCUCUUCUCCCCCGUCGUCGCACCUUUGAAUCAGUCGUUGCAAUCGUCCGCCUUCGGAGAGGAGGGGCAACUGAAGGACUGAAGACCUCCACCUAACCCCCCGUUCGCGAUCAGUGUGAAAAGCGGGGUGACUGCAUGUACACAUUAUGAAGCACAGAUCCCUUUAGUUACAUACCAAGAAGUUAGAAUGUCGUAGGGAAUCUCAGCUCAGAGAGCUAAACUCCAUCCAUCCGCUCAGAUUUUUCCCCACCUCGCCUUCCCUGCCAGAAAAGCCGAGCGCCUGGUCGAGCGGCGUGCCGGUCAGAGCUGUGUCUCUCUCCCCCCCCGAAGCACGUUAGCGCAACAACGCAACAAUCAUGUUUGUUCCGUUUGAGAGCCGCCGGUGCAGCGAUGGUCCGGCAUGCCGCUCCGGCGCUUCCAGGGAAAUGCGAGGCCGGCCCUGUCAGCUUCGCGUUAACGCCGCUCGACAAGCAUGGGUGAAAGAGCAGCUAAUGGAGAGUGUCAUCCUUUUUCCCCUGAUUUGACUCUACACAUCAUGUUUGUGUGUGUGUGUGUUUGUGUGUUGAGUGUUAUCACUGAGGUUAAAUAUAGUGACAUUUAGGAGGCUUUUAGGUAAUCAAACCAAGUAAGAAAGUAGCUUUAGAUGAAGUGGAGCGUUUUUUUUUUUUUUUUUUUUUUUUUUGUUUUUGUUUUUUUCCUGGUGCUGAAUUAAACAGUUUCACAUCAAGCAACUGAUUGGGCUUGAGGGCAAAGAUCACCGUGUAUUCCUGAUAACAUAUGAUUAUUACUUAUAUGGUGAGAAACGAAAUCGCAGUCAGUCGAGUUUGUUAAUCGACCGACUGAAGAGGAAGCGCGUUGUGCUUAUUUGAGGUAAAUGACGAGACCACGCUGAUGUCAGGCUGCACAUGACGACCGAUGUUUUGACUUUAUGCACUUAAUAUAAGAGACCAGAAAGAAGAAAAAGUACCUCGCAAAAGUAUUCAUUCCCCUUAAGCAUGUUCCUGUGUUACAACCGUGAAUUUUAAUGUUUAUGCAGGUUUUUAUGUGUUAGACCAACACAAAGUUGCGCGUGAUAGAAAAGCCGUGAUGUAAAUUUUGUUUUUUUACGAACUAAAAUCAGAUGAAAUAUUUUGGCAUGUAUAGUUUUUGCUUAAUGUGAUGCUUCCACUACUGUGUUCAACAGUAAAUAUGGUGCAGUGUUAGGUUUUCUCAGUACAAAGCUUGUUUGAAACAAGCUAAAAAACUUCAUUUUAAAUUAAUCUAACCAGAGCACUUACUCCUUAAUGUUUGUUAAUGUUUUUUUUGUUUUGUUUUUUUUUUUUUGUCACUUUUCCUUCCUUCGUUUGUGGAUUGGGUAACUUUCAGUUCAACCAGCUGUGUUCUGAAAGCAAUUUGUUGCAGGGCGGUGAAUACAAAUUGUCACCUUUUGAGAUUUCGAUUGUGAGAUAAAUUUGACUUAAUUGGCUCUACUGCGUGUUGGUCUUCCACUUAAAAUCAGCGUUAAGCACAUCCAAGUUUGUGGUUGUGACGAGACGUAAAAUUUGCGAACACUUUUGCAGCAUGCUGUAUUUCAGUUCCUUUCCAGUCUCCAUGUUUAGGACAGCUUUCAUGUCGCCAACUCUCGCCUGAUUCCUAAGCCCCUGCAACUCGUCCAGGACGAACCAGAGGAUGAGCACCCCAAACCUCCGUCUCGUCGUCAACACUUGUCCCCACGUUUUGUUGCACUAAAACCAAUCCCCUCAUGAAAACACACGAUCACCUCUUUGUUUCGUAUUGGAGCUGCUGAGACGUUGGCGGGACGUGAACGGCGGGGCUUACUGUACCGCAUUCGUUGCUGUUUUUAUUGCGAAGGAGACAUUAUUGUGCAAACUGUUCGUUUUGAUGAGCAGAGACGAGUCGACCGACAUGUUUGCCAUGUUGCAACUUGACGCUCUUCGUACUGGAUGAAAUCAGUAUGGAUUUAGAGUCAUUCCUUUUUCUUUUUCCCCUCACAUAUAGUCCUAUAAAUACUCAGUAUAUAUUUAUGUAUGUAUCCACACUGUUAAUGUGACUAGAUGUGCAGAAGGCUUCGGGAUUCAGACCUGACUUGCUGUGCAGGCAAUUGUAGCACUGUGAUAGAUGUGUGACUGGACUGAAGGGAUGGGGUGAUCCAUGCUUUCAGAUGAAGCUUUUGCCGAUUACAAACCACGCGCCCUCUCAUCGCCUCCAAACCUGCGACUUUGUUCCCCGUCUGCGUGCGUUCAAGUUCCAGCUGUAAAAGAUCCCCACUCUCUGAAGCCAUGUUUAUCUCCUCUCUCCCUUUUCUAGUUGAAGCGCAUCAGUCCUGACUCAAAACUAAAUCAAGCCCUACGUCCCCCUCUCUUCCCCGCUGGAGUCUUCAAAAAGGAAAUGGAUAUAAGUCUAUAUAUUCUCCUUACUUUACAAUUUCUCCUCCUCCUAAAGAAUAUUUUAUUAUGUCAAUUUGCUAAGAUGGCACAUGCAAUAUAUUUUUUAGAAUUACUAUUUUUGAAGAAUGAACUUAAGAAAUCUUGACAAAGUUAUAUGCAUUGCUUUUCUUUUCUUUUUUUUUCAGUAGAUAUCAGGUCGGUGUAGAGUCGAUGUUUGACCAAACGAAAGAGAAAUAUAAGGAGAACAUAUCUGAACCCCAGCAAGUACGGGGCAAUCUUUAAACAAGCAGACAGCCAAUGCACAGUGUAGAAAUUAUUAUUUUUUUCCCUUCCAAGAUCUGUAAUAAUUAUAUUUAAAGUAUAUUUAAAUGGAGAAAACGAUUGAAUAUAUUAAGAUGUCAGUUUUAAGUUAUUUGGGACUAAUUAUGUAGAUCCUGUGUAUUUGUGCUUCAGGAUAGAAAGCAGUUGUUUUUUUUUUGUUUUUGUUUUUUGUUUAUUUGUAAUCUUAGAAGCUUAGUGAGGUUUAAUAGCAGAAACGUAACCAUAGGUUAGCUUCAUUGAGACCUGAGCAAUUUUCGCCGAAAGCACCUUCGCUCUGGAGGACCUCCAUUUGGUUCCCGAAACCGGACCGACCUUAACGGGACAGGUCGGGACUUUUUCUAACUGAGGUUCUGUAAAUGUUAGAAGCGGUUCAUAUCUUACGACCUUCAACAAACCCGCUCUGCGUUGAUCCUGAACUAUCCCUUCAGGCGUGUAGUUUGGGAGAAGGGUCACCUAAGCUUUCAUUGACGAGCUGAAGUCAAAAUGAGACAAACGGGGGACAGGAAGUUCCUCUGAGGUCCUAAGCUGAAACCAGAAACCCUGGUGCAAAAGGUUAGAGGUCACUUGCGAAAGAUGGAAAGUAUUAUUGGAUGUAGGCUGACAGUAUUUCAAAACGGUUGCCCUUUUCUGUCUUGUUCAGGUCAAUUGGUGGAUAGAGGAAACAUUAUGCUAACGUUAGCAUAAAUGAUAUCAUUAUCACGCUGGCUUUCGCUAGCUGGAUGGCUAGCAUUAACUCGGUCCACUCAGCAAGUCAGCUUUAGCUUUUAGGUGAGAAUUAGCAUUUAAGCUAAUGCUAGCUUAAUCAUUAAUCAUAAAGAUGUCUUUGCCUGACCUCAUAGAGGUCAGGCAAAGCAAGAUUACAGAUUCUGUCACACCAACGUCCCUUAUCUGUUCGCCGGCCAGAUGCAGGCGCUUCUUGGAAAAGCAGCCGAGGAAAGCUCGGACAGCCAUGUGUUCCUCUCCCAAGUGCUGGCCAGCCUUGCAAAACGCAUGGACUUAGAUAGCCUGCUGUCAUUCAAUAACCUAAUCAGCCACAGGCUUUUUGCAUGGAGACAUUUUUGUCCUUAUUUCCAUGGCAACAAGGUUGGGCGAGCACUCGGGAAUAAGAAGUUUCAGCGAACUAUGAUGUGAAAUACUGAGUAACCUUCGCUGAUGUGUGUGCGUGUGUGUGUUUGGGCGUGCGUCCGCUUGUGUGCGUGUGUGUGUGUUCACUCCAUUAGACAAAAGCACCCGACAAACCUGUGAGAUUCAGCUUUCUCUGUGGCCUGUAUUGAUGCUUAUUGUUGGCAUAUAUUUUGAUAUAUUUGGAAAAUGUGGGAUAUACAGUUUAGAUAUUUUUGGAGUAGAAAGAGUUAUGUGUAUCAGAUCACUGUCACUUUGUCAUGCUCUCUGAAGAUUUCUUGGAUUUUUUUAUUUUAUUUUAUUUGAAAGACUAUAUCAUCCCAACUGAUUUAAUGUAAUGUUGAGAGAAUAUUUAUAAAAUUUAAGUCCUUUGU